GGGGCCGCGCAGCGUCAAUAACAUACGGGCUACAUAAAUAAAAUGCGGCUAUUUAAAAUCCGCUCCUCGACAAUGUGAGAACCGCGACCUUUAACUGGGCCAUCAACGGCUACCUCCCUCCGAUCAUGAGAGCCACUCUUCUGCUUGCUCUUCUGCUUCCGACGUGGGCCGGCGCAAUUGUGUGUCCGCAGCACUGCACGUGCAAGCCGGUCGGCGCUCAAGCCGAGUGGCUGCGUCUCAAGUGCGGCGACCGCUUGGAGGAAAUCAAGGAUGUAGACGUCAACAAAGUCAGCGUGGAGCUUAUACAAUUAGACUUGAGCAAGAAUGUCAUUUACGCCGUACAAGCGAACGCAUUUGCGAAUCUGACGAAUCUCAGGCGGCUUGACUUGUCGAAGAACAAGAUUAAAUCUAUUGGCGAGGAUAGUUUCAACGGCUUGGAGAAUUUGGAGCGAUUGGAUUUGAGCCAGAAUCAGAUCUCAUCGAUAGACAGUUAUGCAUUCAAGAAAUUACCGAAUCUCAAAAAGCUCGAUUUGUCUGGAAAUAAAAUUACCGCUCUGGCGCCAUCCUUAUUUCAUGAUUUGUUGGCCUUAGAUCGUUUGAGAUUAAAUGAAAACAGUUUAACUACUUUGAAAGAAGGCACAUUUCACGGGCUUAAGAUGUUAAAGCAACUAGACUUGUCUAAUAAUCCUUGGAAAUGUGACUGCGAUCUGUAUUGGUUUAGUAAUUGGAUCUACAAUUCUUCAAUUAAAUUAAGCCCAACGCCGAAAUGCGCGUCGCCAGCGCUUGCCAAGGGGCAACCGUUGAAGAAAUUGAAGUUCUUGGAGGAGCUUCAGUGCCAGUGGACGUCGCCAGCUGUUGAAAUUCGUCCGGUUCAGAACCAAGUGGUCUUUGCUGGAGAUUCGAUUACCUUGAAAUGCAGAGCACCCAGCAUCACGGUGGACAAAAGCGCCAAGUUGAACUGGUUGUGGUAUCCUAACGCGUCCGCUGAAAUCGACUUGAACGCUUACAAGGAUCCGCGAAAGAAUUUACCCAACAUCAAGGUUGACAAUAGGUAUCUGUCGGAUAACGGCAUCGUGGACAGUGUUCUUAGUAUAGUCCCGAUCAAGGAGGAACACAACGGGCAGUGGAAUUGUUUACUGGUCUCCGUAAACGGCAAUAAGUCGAAGGCAGUCAGUGUCAUCGUAAUAUCCGAACACACGCGUUACUGUCCUCUAGCGGUAACGAGAAACAACAAGGGCAUUUACACGUGGCCGAAGACGAUAGUGGGAUGGAAGGCGGAGCUGCCGUGCGAGGGCGAUCGUCUGUCGGCGGGCUUGAUGCAGACGCCUCUGAAAGCCUUCUACCACUGCAACGCAAGCGGUCAGUGGGAGCGUCUGAAUACGGAGUCAUGCCCGUACAUAUCUCACACGACCAAGAUCCUGGAGCAAUUUUCGAAGGUUAAUCUGUCGCUGACGAAGAGCAGCCUGCUGGAGACGGCCAAGAGAUUCAAGAAUUACACGGGGAACGUGAAGCUGACGGAUCCGGUCGAAGUGCACUUCAUCGUGCGAACCAUAGAGAACUACUUGCGCUUCCUGAUAGACGAGAAGGAGCUCGGCAUCAUGCUGGUCGACGUCGUCGGUUCGACGAUGAAGUUGCCGAAGGAGAUGCUGAGGAGGGCGGAAGUAACUUUCAGAGCCUGCACGAGAGUGAUCAAGGCGAUCGAACGUAUCGCGGAAUUCACGCCGUCCAUACAGUCGCACAAGAGGUACCUGGCGCUCGAAGAGUUUCGAAUCAAGCGCGACAGUUUCGCCGGAUUAACGUGCACGUGGUACACGAAUGUCGCCGCGAGCACCGACUCGGACGUGAGAUUUCUGCACUGCACGACGAUCAACAGGACGACGCCGAUCAACACGAAGGACAAGGCGGUAGAGGCCUCCAUUCAGCUGCCCGCCUCUCUGCUGCAACACUCGCGCGACGUAGGGGUGGCCCAACAGCUCAUGAUAUCUAUGUACAGCGACAGCAGGUUAUUUCCCAAGACGAUUGUAAAUGACAGCAUGGACAUAUCAACGUGCGUCGUCGGCAGUAAAUUGAUCGGUACGUCAACACGAAAUCUGUCCGAACCGGUUUACAUCAUGCUGAAGACACCGUUGUAUCAUUACAACGGGAAGAAGCCGAAGCCAGUGGUGUGGGAUGAAACGUUGAACGGGGGAGCGUGGACCAGUGACGGAUGCUAUUUAACCAACCUACUGAAUAAUCUGAUAGUCUUCCAUUGCGACAGAUUGGGAUAUUACGGACUUUUGCAGGAAGUUUCGCAUCUUGAUGGACACAGUUUGCACGGGGCGAAAUUCAGGUACUCGCAUCCCGCGAUAUACAUCGGGAGCUUCAUGACGAUAACGUGCCUGAUGUUCAUGUCCGUGACGUACAUUAUUUCUUACACGUCUAUCACGAUGCCGAAGAAAGCGAAGCACUCGGUUAUCAACACCUGGUUCGCCAUGGCGCUGCUGUCGUUCCUGUACAGCAUCGGCAUCCAGCAAACGGAGCACCUCGAGAUUUGUCAGGGUGUCGGUCUUGCUUUGCACUACUUGUCGUUGUGUUGCCUGCUGUGGAUGGCAGUGUCUGCCAGCAAUGCGUACAAGAAACUGACGAAACCAGGUCUGGAUGUGAUACCCGACGACGAGCUUCCGGAUCAGCCUAUACCGAAGCCCCUGCUAGGUCUCUACCUGGUCGGAUGGGGCGUGGCCUUGAUAAUCUGCGGAAUAUCCGGCGCGAUCAAUCUGCGCGAGUACGCCGGCUACUCUCACUGCUUCCUCACGUCCGGGCCGGCGCUCGCCGCGCUCUUCAUACCGUCCGGCAUCCUGAUCGCGUACCUGCUAAUCUUCCUCUUGCUCAUCAGACGCGCGAUUCAGAACGUCGACACGAACGCGCAGCUCUCCGAGGGUACUCAGGCGACGGAGAACAUGGAUCUCGAGUUACUGGAGCCGAACGCGAAUCCGUCCGGCGACCGGAACAGCAUGCGCAGCACGCAGACGGUGUCCUCCGACAUCGAGGACCCGGAGCACUCGCAGUUCACGCAGUGGAAGGGUCAGGUCAUAAUGCUGGUGCUGUAUCUGAUAUCCUGGGGCAGCGCGGCCGCGGUGACGAUCAAGCCGUUCAACUCCUUGCCGUACGAGGAGACCGUGUUCGCCGUGAUAUACGCCGUCACCACGAGUUCGCUGGGUCUCUUCGUGUUGCUCUUCUACGGGAUCGCCCGUAGCGACGUGCGCAGCCAGUGGCUGAAGAUGCGAUGCUGGCUGGAGAAGCGCAAGAACCGUUGCUGCCGCACCAGGAGCGUGUGCGACGCGAACGCCGCGAUCCCGACGCAGCCGCUCGUGCAGAAUUUCGUCCCGCCGUUGUCGACUUCGCAGGCCACCCAGGCGAUAUCCGACACAAAUUCGGUCGCCUCGUCGAGGAACACCAACCAGUCGCAGUCGAUCUACAACGGCUCGAAGCUCGUGGACUUCGUGGCAGCCAAUCGGGACAGCAUGCCCGCCCCUUCCGUGAACGCGAAGGCGGCGAAUCUGGUGGUGAUGCAUCGUCACCAGUAUCGCUCCAAUAAUUCCGUCACCACGUACACCGAGCCGUCGUCGGCCUGCGUCGAGAUGUUCUACAAUCCCCAUCAGAGCGGCGUCGCCCGGAAGUUCUUCAAGAAGCAACGCAGAUACGCGACCGCGAAGAAGAACAAUCUCGGCCCGAGGAAGCAGGGCGACGGCGGGGCUACCAGCGACGGCGGCAGCUGCGUCUCCAUACCCCGGCCCACCGUGAAGAUCAACAACAGCCUGGAGCGCAGCAUCCUGAGCAGCAGCGCCAAAGUGAACAACACCAAUAUACACGUCGAGCUGAAUCCCAUAAACGACAUAAAAAACGUGAACAUUCUGUCGGACAGCGGCGGCAGUAUCUCCGAAGAGAGGAAUAUCCCGAUACGCUUCGUUAUCGGCCAGGAGAAUCUGAUGCACAGCAUCAAGAAGAUCAACAACAGCGCGCAACGGGACAGCCCGCACGUUAACGUCGUCAUGUCCGGUGCGACGAGAGAAACGCCGCAGUCGAGGAGAGCGGCGCAGGAUUCGGACGCGGACGUCUCGAAGACGGACGAGGAGUGGCACCUGCGGAACGUCUCGCAGCAGUGCAGCUUGGAGUACAGCUCCGAGAUGGACACCGUCACACAGAUGACUAGCGAGCGGAGCGAUCACAAUCUGCCGGAGAUCUGCGAGAGCGUGGAAAUGGCCCAGGAAGAGCGUUUCGCGCGGCAGAGGUGUCCCAGCGCGGACGAGCUCGAGAUCGCCGUCGAGGAGGAGAGCGUAUCGAGGGACGUGAGACGGCUGUAUCUCUCAAACAGCAUGUACUGCCUGCCGUCGGAGCACGAGAGACCGCUGAUGAACAGCUACUGCAGCUCGCUGAACGACAUCGCGUCGCUGAGGCGCCGCGACUACUCGAAACCGUCGCUCAUAGAUAUACAAAGUACAACCAGCUCGAAUCUGUGUGGACGAGAAGUUCCUGAGUCCCGCGAGUCGUUCGACCGUUCGGAACGCUCGCUCUUCGAGAUAAACAGUUUGACCAGUGAUAAUCCGUGUACGUUGACCCCGCACGCGGAGACCCCCUACGCCUGUUCCCUGUCGAAUAUCUAUUACGUCUCCGACAGGAGUCUGGAGGAGAACAACUUCCGCGAGGAAUCGCAACUGCCAGAUCACGUGGAUCACAAUGUGUUUAAUGCGCCCGAGUCGAAGGAUCUUCCGCUGGAGAAGAACUUCGGUUCGCUCGCUGAUAUUCCGUCAAUUAGUAGGUCUAGCUCGCGCGAUAUUAAUAAUCUCAAUUUAAUCGAGGAAAUGAACGCAUUCGCGGAACCCGCGAAGUCGGGUGAUAUGCAACAAUUUGAGGCUAACGAGAUCUAUUUAGAUGAGGCGAUGAGCCAUUUGCCAGUGAAGAAAGAAACGAGUGUUUAAUAUAUAAUUAUAU